AUGUCUAUACCAGCGCGUCAGGGUCAAUCACAAUCCGAUGAAUUACCAUUACCACCAUCCUGGUGGCCCCCAACAGGAUACACAAGAGAAGAAGCACUCUGGAAAUAUCGCACCGACAUGGAGGGUGCGCAUCGGGUCCAGGUUCGUGUGCGCGCCAUCAUAAACAGCUACAGAGCACCACUUGGAACUCCCGGCCCAAUUCCCGACAUGGAAGUAUCAGACGUACUUGAUUGCUGCAACAAGUCGGUGGCUGUCUAUGUGCCAUUACUCACUGGAGAAUACCCUAAUGAAAGAGCACUUCAUCCCCUCGUCCACAAUUACUUGUAUCAUCGGUGGUUUCGCCCGUACCAAAGCGAAAUCGAGCUGCAACGCUUCAUCUGCAAAACCAUCACACCGACAAAUUUACCACACGAGCCUUCACCUUCAGAGGCAACAAUUAAUAACUUCGCAUCGCUAAACGGAGCCACAUGUGCACACGUCAAGGAAAGACAUGGCAUCUACGACGAGCUAGUUUCCGCAGGCCAGCGCAUACACGAAUUGAGAUUUUACGGCGACCACAGACUGUAUAUGCUCCAGCCGCUAUUUCAAGCCCUGCUCAUUAUCGUUUGUGUCCGCAGCUACACCUUCCGCGAGGACUCUACAAACAUAGGCCAAUUUCCGGUGCUGCUAGUACGCACGGGUGUCGAACAAGGGCUAAGUGCUCCAAUCACGUUUCAAGGCUUGGCUGGCGCGGGAGGCAACUCGGACUCUGCCUACUACAUCAAGACGGCGCUUGAGACGGCGGUUGAUUUUGUCAUGGCCUUGGAGGCCCGGGAAGCGGCCGUAUUCGGCCUCCAGCCGGACCCUAAAGCUGCGUUCGAAAGCUGGAAAGAGAGCCUGAUAUGCGGGAUGGGACUAUAUGAAGAGGACUUGGGGGAUGAGCCGGUGAUUGGGCCUAGCUCCAAGUUUGUUGACGUCAACAAAUAUUCAACAUGGGGCGGACAUGGCAGGUGCCAGGAUAGGGCGGCGAAGAAGUAUGAAGAAUCGCUUCUGAGAUGGCAAAGGGAUGAGAUGAAAGGGGACUUAGACUGA